GUUGUUUUGGUGUUGGUUGUGGUUGUUGUGGAGUUGGUUGUUGCGGAGUCGCUUGUGGUUGUUGCGGAGUUGGUUGUGGUUGUUUUGGUGUUGGUUGUGCUUGUUGCGGAGUUGGUUGUGGUGCUUGUGGUUGUGGUGUUGGUUGUUUAGGUUGUGGUGAUGGUGCUUGUGGUUGUGGUGAUGGUGCUUGUGGUUGUGGUGAUGGUUGUUUAGGUUGUGGUGAUGGUGCUUGUGGUUGUGGUGAUGGUGCUGCUGGUUGUUUAGGUGCUUGUGGUUGUGGUGAUGGUGCUGCUGGUUGUUUAGGUGCUUGUGGUUGUGGUGAUGGUGCUGCUGAUUUAAGUCGUAACAGUUUCUACCGCAUCUCUACUCUCGGAACUCCAAAAGAAAACUCCAACUCUGUUGAUGCUAACUUAGUUGAU